AGCACCAGCGGCAGCGGAGGCAGGGUGGUGCCACACCUGACCAACCCAAACUGCAUGGUUGAAGUCAUGCCGGCAGACGCGGUGCUGGAGCCAGGGAUGUACGAAAUGUGGCUGGUCAGCGAGCUGGCAGACAAGGGAACCCUGGCAGAUGCCAUGAAGUCUGGCUUGUUCAAGCAGGCCGACGCGCCUGGCCGGAACCUGCCUGUCAUCCUGCUGUGCCUGCUGGAUGUGGCGCGUGGGCUGGAGUACCUGCACAGCUGCAACAUCAUGCAUGGCGACCUCAAGCCGCAGAAUGUGCUGCUGAAGACGGCAGUCACAGACCGGCGGGGGUUUAUGUGCAAGCUUGGCGACUUCGGGCUCAGCCGCAUACUUCGGGAGACGGAGACACAUGUGAACACGGGCUCCUAUGGCACCGUGACGCAUGCCUCGCCCGAGCUGCUGUCAGAGGGGCGGCUGACCAAGGCCUGCGAUGUGUUUGCGUUUGGCAUUGUUCUGUGGGAGCUUGUCACUGGGCAGCGGCUUUUCCCAGACAUGCACCACAUGCAGAUCAUCGUCCAGGUGACGCAGAAGGGCUACCGCCCGCCCAUCCCUGCCGACUUCCCGCCACCGCUGGCAGACCUUGUGCGGCGGUGCUGGGCCGAGGACCCCCACGCCAGGCCCAGUGCAGGGGCAAUCGUGCAGGAGCUGAUCGACUAUUGCACAAACUACAAUGCCAUCCACCAUGGCGCUGCUCCUCCUUCUUCUCCUCCUCCGGCUGACGCCACGAAUCGUGCACCGGCAGCCGAUGGCACCAGCCCCGUCAGCGACAGCGCUGCCAGCACCAUUGCCGCUGCCGU